GUUAUAUAUAAUGACAGAGAGAACAACAAAACUUUGCUAAUUAUAUUUUACCCAAACCUAACCUCGCUUCAUUCUAUAUAUUAAUACUCAAAUCCAUCUCAGUCACUAACUAUUUUUCUCACGUCACAUAUCAUCGCCGGCCGAUUCAUAUGGCUCCGACGACUCCUAACGUCAAAAGCCGGGUCUUGAUCAUCGGGGCGACGGGUCUCAUCGGCCGGCAUGUAGCGGAGGCCAGCCUGGACGCCGGUCGGCCCACCUACCUUCUCACACGGUCGACCUCUUCCGCCGCCGGCGACCCUUUAAAAGCCCAACUACUCAAGUCUCUUGAGGACAAAGGUGCCAUCAUCGUACAGGGUUCGGUAUCGGACAGGGAAAGCUUGGAGAAGAGGUUUCUGCCAUCCGAGUUCGGGCACGACGUAGACAGAGCAAACCCAGUGGAGCCAGGGCUGUCCUUCUACCAGCAGAAGAGGCAAGUGAGGCGCUCCAUCGAGCAAAACGGCAUCCCGUACACUUACAUCUGCUGCAACUCCAUCGCUUCAUGGCCUUACUACGACAACACCCACCCUUCCGACCUCCCUCCUCCCCUCCACCACCUCCCCAUCUACGCCGACGGCAACGCCAAAGCUUACUUUGUGACUGGAGCCGACAUCGGGAAGUUCACAAUGAAGACGGUCGACGACCCUCGAACCUUGAACAAGUCGGUCCAUUUCCGACCGGCGGUGAACUACUACAACAUGAACCAGCUGGCUUCUCUGUGGGAGAGGAAGCUCGGCAGGACUAUUCCUCGCGUUACAGUCACAGAAGCCAACCUGCUAGCUCUUGCUGCUGAGAAUCGGAUUCCGGAGAGCAUAGUUGCAUCAUUCACCCACGACAUAUUCAUCAAGGGCUGCCAAUCGAACUUCGAGAUCGAUGGCAUCAAUGAUGUUGAAGUCAGCAGCCUGUACCCUGAUGAAACCUUUCAGACUGUUGAUCAAGUGUUCGCUGACUUCGCGCUCGGCCUUCAACACAAAUCAUGAGAUGCAUAAUGCAGUUCCUGAAAUCUGAUGAUCGUCAAAGAUACAGCAGAUUCUUCAGGAAUCUUCAGUUCGGAAAUAAAGAUCCAGUACGGGAAUCUGAAGUAAUAAAUACUGGGUGGAAAGAACUUCAGUGAUAAUAAAAGCAAUGGAGCAGAAACAAAAUUUCUGAAG